AUGAGUCCCAACUGCAAGGAUUGGUCCAAGAGGUUAGAUGACGCAUUGUGGGCCUAUAGAACAGCUUUCAAGACACCAUUGGGGAUGUCACCAUAUCAUUUGGUGUUUGGUAAAGCUUGCCAUUUACCGGUCGAACUUGAGCACCGUGCUUACUGGGCUAUUCAAACACUCAACAUGGAUUUGCAACUUGCAGGAGAGAAGAGAAUGUUGCAGUUAAAUGAAUUAGAAGAGAUGCGCUUAUUCUCUUAUGAAAAUGCCAAACUUUAUAAGGAGAAAACAAAAAGGUGGCAUGACAAGCAUAUUCAGCCAAGGGUGUUCGAAGAAGGCCAGCGAGUUUUGCUCUUUAACUCGCGUUUGAAACUAUUCCCAGGCAAGAUCAAGUCAAGAUGA